UCAUAAAAUUUUUGAACGAUUUUGUCAGUCAUAAAAAAUUUGAAUUUACUUCAGCAACAAGACAUAUUUUUUAAUAAUUUUAAAUUUAACAAUACCAAUAUAUACAAAGAUUCCAUAAAAGCAAUAUGACAUCCACUAAGAGAUCGAUGCGUCAAUCACGCAAAAAGACGACUAGCAUCGACAUAAAUUACGUCGAAUCAGGUAUACCACUGCGAACGCUGGAAAGUAUUUACGAUUCCAAACAUAUGUUUUUCUCACAGGAAGAUUUCCAGAGCUGGUAUGAAGAAAUGUGGUCCACUCCAGAUAUUAAACAGAAAUCUAAGUUGCAGUUGUCACGCACAUCGCUACUACGCCUAGACUAUCUGCAAUUCAAGGCGGCACGUACUAUACAAAAAUAUUUUCGACGUUGGUAUUAUCAGCGUGUCUAUCAACGUAAACUGACCGCUAUCAUACGCAUACAAUAUGAAUGGCGUAAGUUCUUUAGAAGACAUGACACAUAUCGCAAAUUGGAGGAAGAAAUUCAAAAUGUAAUAGAGAAACAUUACCAUCGACAAGCGCAAAAGAUACAAGCUCUGUGGCGUGGUUGGUACACACGUCAAUACAUACACGAUCACAGUCAGCUAUUGAAGUCGCAAGUUUUAACUGCGGAGGAGCUACUGCAAUGUGUCGCCUUCAAGCUGCAUCAUAUGAUGCGCACCUAUCAAAUACCUGGUGUUUAUUCGUUGCGGAACUCACAUUGCCUCUCAAAAGUCGAAAAACUGCUUGCAGCCAUGUCUUUCAAGCAACAUAAUAAAUAUGUGCGCCAGCUACGCGCCAAGCUGGAGAAUCAAACUAAUAAUGCGCGUAAGAAGUUUGAGCAUUCUCAUUACAAUACCGUGGUUCCAUAUCCAGGACCAAAUAUACAUGGUUAUUGUGAUCCGAAAUGUGAGAUUUUGGAAAAAUCCAAGGAUGUGGAUCGUCGUAUGUUCAACAUCUUAAAUAUGUAUGAAAAAGCUGCCAAAGCUCAACUACGCGAGAAACAUCGGCCGAUAAAGAGAAGACGUAGGUCUAGCGAUAGAAAGGACAAGAAGGCCACGGGAAGGUUUGCCAUUUCAUCAUGGAAAUAUAUACGAUGCAACAACGAGUAGAAAUUAUUAAAAUUCGGUGUCAGUGGCCUCAACUUUAAGAGCGCUACGUGCAAUUUUCUUAAGCGUUGGGCAUCACAGUGACGUCGGUGUGCUGAAUUUUGCGAAAAGAUCUUGGCCCACAUCCUUACAAGAUCAAAUUAGUGCAAGAACUGAAGCCGUCUCAGCAACUGAAUCAUCAUAUGUUCAUGAAUUGAGCGGAGCAACAACUUGAAAAUGAUCCGGAUUUUCAUCGAAAAAUCAUCUUCAGCGAUAAGGCCCAUUUCUGACUGAAUGGCUUCGUCAAUAAACAAAAUAUAUGAUUUAUUCAGACGUACUCCAUGACCCACUAUUGCAUCCCGAAAAAAUACGGUUUGGUGGGUUCAUUGGGGCGUACUUCUUCCGUGAUGAUCAAGGCCGGCACGUUACUGUGAAUGGAAAUUGCUAUCGCUCAAUGAUAACCCAAUAUUUUUGGACCGAAUUGGUUGAUAUGGACUUGGUUCCAACAGGAAGGUGCCACAAGCCACACAGCUAAUGUCACAAUCGAGAGGUUUACCUUAAGUU